AUGGCUACGUCGGCGGUGAAGGUGUACGGGUGGGCUAUCUCGCCGUUCGUGUCGCGGGCUCUGCUGGCCCUGGAGGAGGCCGGCGUCGACUACGAGCUCGUCCCCAUGAGCCGCCAGGCCGGCGACCACCACCGCCCGGAGCACCUCGCCAGGAACCCUUUCGGGAAGGUGCCGGUGCUCGAGGACGGCGACCUCACGCUCUUCGAAUCUCAUGCGAUCGCGAGACAUGUUCUCCGCAAGCACAAGCCAGAGCUGCUAGGCACCGGCAACCUGGAGCAGGCGGCACUGGUGGACGUGUGGUUUGAGGUGGAGGCCCACCAGCUGAGCCCGUUGGCGAUCGCCAUCGUGGUAGAGUGCAUCUUCACGCCGUUCCUUGGCCGCGAACGCAACCAGGCCGUCGUCGACGAGAAUGUAGAGAAGCUCAAGAAGGUGCUCGAGGUGUACGAGGCACGACUGAGCAAGUCCAAGUACCUCGCCGGCGAUUUCCUUAGCCUCGCCGACCUCAGCCACUUCACCAUCAUGCACUGCUUCAUGGCCACCGAGUAUGCCGCUCUAGUCGAGGCGCUCCCGCACGUCAGCGCCUGGUGGGAGGGCCUCGCGGCACGCCCGGCGGCCAAGAAGGUGGCGGAGUUCAUGCCGGUUGGUACGGCCGGGGCAUCCAAGAAACAUGAGUGA